GAAGAAGCAGCACUGGCCACUUGUAGGAAGGGGAAGAAUCCCCUCCAGCUGACAGUUCUUUUGGGAAGAGCUUGCUGGAGGAGGAGAAGAGAUGGGAGACAAAAUAUUAGCAGGAAGAAGCUGGAGGGAAAUGGUUUGUUUUCUUUCAGUAACCCCUAACAGAGCCAUCUCGAAGGUUGUGUGGACAGAACUGUAGAAGACACUGAUACAGACAUUUAUUUUCCUUUUGUGUCAUCCUGUAGUUUAAAUGCAUGUUUUUCUUGGUUCCUUGCUUUAUCAGACUUCUCUCUGUGAUUUAUAAACCAAGUCCUUUAGGAAGACAGGAUCACUGCCUUGAGCAGCUGGAGUCCAAGAACUGCAGUAGGUAAUUCAACUGCCCAUGAUACCACAGGGGCCUCAGAGGAUAAAACAUUGGGAAGACGACAACAUGAGGAACAUGGCCAUAGAUUCCCGAAGCUGAGGGUGGGAGGAAGAACUCCAUUUGCUGGAGUGGAUAUGUAGAUAUUGAGCAAAUGGGAAGAGUGGUGACUAAAUAAGAGAUUUGCAUAUGUAGAAAGUAAUGAAGUUGACUCUUUGCCCACUGGGGGAGAGGACAGUGUAAGAAAUACUUUAUUAUACAAGAAUUAGGACCCAAGAGAGAUGUCCUUGGAGCAUCUCUGAGUAGGUGUCUAAAGCCUGCCUAGGUAGUCCCCAGGAGGAUGUUAAACUGUGCUCAGACUGGAUUCUUUCCUGUAUUCUGUGGUAGAAAUGGAUUUUCAGUUACUUAUCUGAUAACUUGUGAGAGAAUAGUUAUAUUAGACUGUUGUGCUGUCACCUUUGGUGCCUGGGCACUGUCCCUUUAGGAAAAGGACUGUAACAUGUGAUAGGCACAGCAGCAGAGGACUGGCCUUGGUCUAAGAGAUCUCUUCCAGUUCACUGUUGCUUUAAUGAUGGAUGUCCCAUGAGGAUGUGGAUAUAGAUUCAUUAUGCACAAUGGCAGUAAAGAGUGAGUUGGUGUUUGGCUGAGGUCUUCUAUUUAUACUAGGACAAAAUAAAUUGAAGCCAUUUUUCCCUUUGUGGAAAUAAUUCUUGCUGUCACAGUCCUAUUAUGAUUUCCAUUUUUAACUCGCCAGUAAAACAUAAAUACUUUGGUUGUACAUGACCUGAUUGAUAACAUUCAUGCAAAAUGCACCAGGCCCAGAGUUCCUUGAAACAGUACGCGCCUGUGAUGGAUGGAAAUGCAGAGGAGAUUGACUGGUCCUCAAUGAGGUUAGAAACCUUUUUGCUGUAAUGAAAGCAUGUUCCUGCUACAGGAUCUCAGGAAAUGCACUGGCUCUGCCUUCUAGGCAAACUGGAAUAAUUAAGUGUGAGAUAAAGCUUUUUGCAGGCACAUGUGAUGUUCCUUUUGAGCAUAAUAAAUAAUUUUCAUGUUAAGAACUGGAGGAAGACUCAGAGUUGUAAAACCCCUUUUGUACCAAUCUUGCUGCCCUUGCACAUGGCUAGGGUGACACACAGUUGUCACUGAGCUUAGUCGUGGGAGGAUUAAGCCAAUAGUCCCUGCUGUUAUUGCUGCAGGGAGCCUCAGACUAUGGCAAGGCUCUUUUACACUGGGGAGUAAAUCACAUUAGCCAGUUUAUGCGCUAUUAUUGUGAAGUGGGGGUUCUCAUUUGAGAUACUGAGUGGCUUUAUUGCUCCCUGAGCAGAGAGGUGGUCUUUUCCCCUUUGCUCAGCUUAAAUAUUCCUCCUUUCUCAUCCCAGAGAAGGGACAAAAAUGAGAGUUUGGCAGCCACUGGCUUGGAUUUUUUAGCAUAAUGCCCUUAGUGAGCCUCACAGAGGUUGCUGCAGAUGAAGUCCCCAGAGAUUUUGUCUCUGUAUCUUCUUGUGUAGUCGCAGCAUUGAAAGAAAUUGUCGUUCUUUAAUAGCAGGUUUGCCAAGAAAAUACGGUUAUUGUUGAUUAUAAUUUUUUUGUGGUGCUUUUUUCUGACUUUCAGAGCUUACCUUUGAACCCUAGAAGAGUUCACUGGGUUUAACUUGUGUUUAGAACACUUAGACAUCAAACACAAACCAACAGUGACUUUGCUGUUUGUGGUUUUCUCUUACAGCACCAUUCACUCCUGAGUGUUUGUGGGGGUAUCAUGGAUGAACCUGUGAGGGGCCACAUGUGGAGCUGUGCUGGCUCAGGGUGUCUAAUGCUGAGGCAGCAAAGCUAACAAGGAUAUUGCUGUUGGAUAGGCAAUGAGGUGCUUUGCCCCUCUGAGCAGUGCUUUCCCAUACUCUGGAGCUGAAUGCAGUGCACGGGGAAGCUGCUGGCUUAAUAACACAGCUCCAGAGAAAAUGCCAUCCCGCAGGAACAGCAGGAAGGACUUGAAGUAUGUCGCAGAGGUCAAAAGGAGGUUUUAAGCAAGAUUUCCAAAGUAAAUGAAGAACUGUCAGACAGUGACACCGAGGUGCUUUCCAGGCAUCAGGAGCAGCAGAGAAGUUUUGUCAUCAAUGGUAUUUUCUGCAUUGGAUGUCAAAUGUGAAAACUAAAGAAAGAUGGCUGUAGGCCUAUGACAGCAGCAGGUCCCAGGUGGUGUUGAGAAAAGGAAGAGCCAUGUUGCUGAAGAUCACCUUGUCUUCUGGAAGCAGAAACACAUUGAACAGAUGAAUCCCUUCAGCCAGACAUUCCUCCAGUAGAUCUCUUUCUCCUCAUGGAGCACUCAGGCAGGGAGGAGAUGGACUUGAAAGAGGAAAGUCCUCAGGUGUGGACUGAGUCUGCAGCACAGGAACAGAACAGUGCUCAGGUGCACUUUGUCCCCGAGGGUGGGGCAGUGGCCCAGAUCAUGUACAGUGACGAACAGGAGCGCGGCCCCGCACAGCAGGUGGUUUACACAGCUGACGGCACCUCCUACACCUCUGUGGACACCUCGGAGCACACCCUCGUUUACAUCCACCCCGUGGAAGCUACGCAGACUCUGUUUACAGAUCCGUCCCAAGUGGCUUAUGUCCAACAAGAUGCUACCACCCAGCAGGUAACGGUGCUCUUGCCUGCUGCUGCUCAGAGCAUGAAUCCCACCAACCUGUCUGUGCUCGGCAGCGUUGCUGACCCCCCCCAGCCAGUGACUCUGGAGCAGGGGCCACAAACAGAUAGAGCAUCAUUACCGGUGCACAACCGGGUGUUACCUCCUAUGGAGGCUGUGGAGGGUUCUGAUCCUUUAGCACCUUUGCAGAAUCAAAUGGAAAGGAUAGAAACAAAAGAGGAAGAUGAUGAGGAUGAAGAUGAGGAUGAAGAUGGGGAAGACACUGACAUGGAUGAAUGGGAUCCAGAUCCACCUCGACCCUUUGAUCCAAAUGAUUUGUGGUGUGAAGAGUGUAAUAACGCACAUCCCUCAGUGUGUCCAAAACAUGGACCUUUGCAUCCCAUCCCAAACCGGCCUGUGCUGACCAGGGCAAGGGCCAGCCUUCCCCUGGUGCUCUAUAUAGACAGGUUUUUGGGAGGUGUGUUCUCCAAAAGGCGUAUCCCGAAGCGUACACAGUUUGGGCCUGUGGAAGGACCCCUGGUCAGACAGACUGAGCUCAAAGACUGCUAUAUCCAUUUGAAGGUUUCUCUUGAUAAGGGUGACAGAAAAGACAGAGACUUGCAAGAAGACCUGUGGUUUGAACUUUCCAGUGAGGCUCUGUGUAACUGGAUGAUGUUUGUGCGUCCAGCUCAAAACCACCUGGAGCAGAACCUGGUGGCCUAUCAGUACGGCCACCACAUUUACUACACCACCAUUAAAAAUGUGGAGCCCAAGCAGGAACUUAAGGUGUGGUAUGCUGCCUCCUAUGCUGAAUUUGUGAACCAGAAGAUCCAUGACAUAACUGAGGAGGAAAGGAAGGUGCUCAGGGAGCAGGAAAAGAACUGGCCGUGUUAUGAGUGCAAUCGGCGUUUCAUGAGCUCGGAGCAGCUCCAGCAGCACCUCAAUUCCCAUGAUGAGAAGUUGGACUUCUUCAGCAGAGCCAGAGGCCGAGGUCGUGGGCGAGGAAAGAGGAGAUUUGGACCAGGCAGACGCCCUGGGCGACCUCCCAAAUUCAUGCGCAUGGAAGUAACCAGUGAAAAUGGUGAAAAGUGUGAAGAAGGGACACAGGACUUGCUGCAUUUUUCCAGCAAGGGGCAGUUUGAUGAGGCCGGACAAGCCCCACUGAAUGGGCUGGAGGAACAGGAACAGACUCCAGUGCCACCAGAGCCACAAGCAGCACUGGAGCAGCAGGAAAACCACAUACUCCACGUACAGACGCAGCAUGAGGGGAGCACAGUGCCCACACAGAGCACCAUGACAGCAGAUGACAUGAGGCGAGCAAAGCGCAUCAGGAAUGCAGCUCUGCAGCACCUGUUCAUCCGGAAAUCCUUCCGCCCGUUCAAAUGCCUGCAGUGUGGGAAGGCCUUCCGGGAGAAGGACAAGCUGGACCAGCACCUGCGGUUCCAUGGGCGGGAAGGGAACUGCCCUUUGACCUGUGACAUCUGCAACAAGGGCUUCAUCAACAGUGGUGCCCUUGAGAGCCACAUGAAGUUCCAUAUGGACCAGAAAACAUACUCCUGCAUUUUCUGCCCCGAGUCCUUUGACCGCUUGGAUCUGCUUAAGGAUCAUGUGGCCAUCCAUGUCAAUGAUGGCUAUUUCACCUGCCCCACCUGCAAGAAACGCUUCCCAGAUUUUAUCCAGGUCAAGAAACAUGUGCGCAGUUUCCAUUCUGAGAAGAUUUACCAGUGUACAGAGUGUGAUAAGGCUUUCUGCCGCCCCGACAAGCUGCGACUCCACAUGCUGCGGCACUCAGACCGUAAAGACUUCCUGUGCUCCACUUGUGGCAAGCAGUUCAAGAGGAAGGACAAGCUGCGAGAGCACAUGCAGAGGAUGCACAACCCAGAGAGAGAGGCCAAGAAGGCUGAUCGGAUCAGCCGCUCUAAAACCUUCAAGCCCCGGAUUGCGUCCACUGACUAUGAGAGCUUCAUGUUCAAGUGCCGCCUCUGCAUGAUGGGCUUCCGCCGCAGGGGCAUGUUGGUGAAUCAUUUAUCAAAGAGACAUCCAGACAUGAAAAUAGAAGAGGUGCCAGAGCUCACGUUGCCCAUCAUAAAACCCAACAGAGAUUACUUCUGUCAAUACUGCGACAAGGUGUACAAGAGUGCCAGCAAACGCAAAGCACACAUCCUGAAAAACCAUCCUGGUGCUGAGCUACCUCCAAGCAUCCGGAAACUGCGUCCUGCAGGCCCAGGAGAGCCAGAUCCCAUGCUGAGCACCCACACCCAGCUGACAGGCACCAUUGCCACCCCUCCAGUGUGCUGCCCUCACUGCUCCAAGCAAUACAGCAGUAAGACAAAGAUGGUGCAGCACAUCCGCAAGAAGCACCCGGAGUUUGCUCAGCUGCCGAACACAAUCCAUGCACCACUGGCAACAGCCGUCAUCAGUUCCACACCAGCUGUUCUCACCACCGACAGCACGACCGGAGAAACUGUUGUGACAACAGAUUUACUGACCCAAGCAAUGACGGAAAUAUCCCAGACCCUCACUACAGAUUACCGGACUCCCCAAGGAGAUUACCAGCGCAUCCAGUACAUCCCUGUGUCUCAAUCCACAACUGGCUUGCAGCAGCCACAGCACAUACAGCUGCAGGUUGUUCAAGUGGCCCAGGCUACCUCACCUCAUCAGUCCCAGCACUCCACAGUGGAUGUUGGGCAGCUCCAUGACCCCCAGACAUACACCCAACAUGCCAUCCAGGUGCAGCACAUCCAGGUCACAGAGCCAUCACCAGCAACUCAGUCAUCAUCACAGGUUGGGGGUCAGCCUUUGAGUCCCUCCUCGCAACAACCUCAGCAGGAACUCAGUCCCUCACAGAUGCAGACAACUACGUCUACACCAAACCAAGCCCUCCAGCAGCAGCAAGGCUCCUCAGUCCAGCACACAUAUCUCCCCAGCAACUGGAAUUCAUUUCGGAGCUACUCAUCAGAGAUUCAGAUGAUGACCAUCCCACAAGGGCAGUAUGUGAUCACAGAGACUGCUGUGGGUACCCCUGUCACCAGUGUUAACACAGGGCAAGUGAAAGCAGUUACUCAGACUCACUAUGUGAUAUCUGAAGGUCAGCCUGAUUUGGAUGGUAAACAAAACUCUUCACUCUCCAGCGAGGUUCAGGUGGGCAUUUCCCAGCCCACAGCCCACACGGAUCCCUUGGAAUCCCAGACGAGCAACCAGCAGCAAACCACCCAGUACAUCAUCACGACCACCACCAAUGGGAGUGGCGGGAGUGAAGUGCACAUCUCCAAACCCAGGACUUUCUCAGCAGAGCAUGAGUGAAAGAGCCUCAUGGUACCAUUUGCCUGUCCUUGUCCCCUCCCUGAAAGCCCAGAUGUGAGGGUACCUUGGGGCUCUAUAUGUUUUAAUGUAUAUGCUCACCUUCCACUAAAAUCUUUGGAGCUCUUGUUAAUGCUUUAAGAGGGUUCACUGUGACCAUGAAAUACCCUCAAAAUCCUUCUGGGAUGCUUUUAAUGCAGCUUUUAAGAAAAAGGACAAGAGAAAUGAAACCUCUACUGGCCCUGGACUUUAUUUUUGGCAUGUCUGCUGACCCUUAUUUUUCCUUUAUGUAAGUGCGUCCAGAAGACAAUUUUAUUUCAACUGUAUGGGAAAAAGCUUGCCUAACUGAAGGCUUCCUGGCAGAUUGUCAUAUGUAUCUUUUUAACAGGAGCCAUUAAACAGGAGAACAUAAUGUAAAUUACUAGAAUAUGGCAGAACUGCUUCCUGUGGCUUCUAGCAGCCAAGGUGAAAGGGAGUGUCCCUGUGCCAUAUGAGCAGAAUGCCUGCAGAAAGGAGCAGCAGCAGCCAACCAGUGGCUCCUGGUGUCCCCAUAUGGGGAUUGGAUUGAACAAUGAAGCUGUGAAGAUGUGCCGAAGCAGUCCAUUAAAUUAUUAUUUUUCCAGCCCUCCAGAACUGUUUACAUGCUGUCUGCCCUGCCGUGUUUUACCCAGCAGUUCCAGAAA